GGGAGGCGGGCGGUGGGAACGCGCUGAAAAUCGGGAACGCGCUGAAAAUCCGGAACCCCGGUUCUGAUUUUCUUUCGCCCUGGUCUUUGCUGCCUUCUGGUUCUCUCCUAGGCGCGUUGGAGCUAGGAGCUUAGUGCAGCGACGAACCGCGUGGACCUGAGGCUGUCCGGGCGGCCCCCAGCCGCCUGCCUAUUUUCUCCCUCGCCAGGAUUCCUGUCCAGUCAUGACGAGAUUCUGGGUCUGCGUAGCCGGCGCUGGCUUCUUUCUUGCGUUUCUGGUUUUCCAUUCUCGAUUUUGUGCCUCUCGGCUCCCGUUACCUCUUCACUUUGCUUUUAAAAUUUCCUGGAGACCUGAGGAAGCCCUUUACCGGCUGGAUGUGGAUUGGCCUAAGUAUUCAGAAUACUUUACUGGAGCAACAUUUUGUGUUGCAGUUGACUCCCUCAACGGAUUGGUUUACGUAGCCCAAAGAGGGGAUAACAUCCCAAAGGUAUUAGUGUUCACAGAGGAUGGAUAUUUCCUACGAGCCUGGAAUUAUACAGUUGACACACCUCAUGGUAUAUUUGCAGCCAGUACACCACAUGAACAAUCCGUCUGGAUCACGGAUGUAGGAAGUGGACUCUACGGUCAUACUAUUAAAAAAUACAAUUCCUUUGGUGAUCUUGUUCAAGUUUUGGGUACUCCAGGCAAAAAAGGCACUGGUUUAAAUCCCCUGCAAUUUGAUAACCCUGCAGAAUUAUAUGUAGAAGACACAGGGGAUAUUUACAUUGUGGAUGGAGAUGGAGGAUUGAAUAACAGGUUGAUCAAAUUGUCCCAAGAUUUCAUGAUCCUUUGGCUACAUGGAGAAAAUGGGACAGGGCCUGCUAAGUUCAACGUUCCUCACAGUGUUACAGUUGAUUCUGAUGGUCGGGUGUGGGUGGCGGACCGAGGCAAUAAAAGAAUUCAGGUGUUUGAUAAAGACACGGGGGAGUGGCUAGGAGCUUGGAAUAAUUGUUUCUCCGAAGAGGGACCUUCUGCAGUCAGAUUUACUCCCGACGGGAAGCACUUGAUCGUAGCUCAGCUGAAUCUAAGCCGGCUCUUACUCAUGGCGGCGCCCCCGGUAGGAAGCAUUGGCGACUGUUCGGUGAUCAGCACGAUCCAGCUGGCGGAUCAGGUCUCACCUCAUCUCUUAGACGUCAGUGGGAAGACCGGAGCCAUCUAUGUAGCAGAAAUUGGAGCAAAACAAGUACAAAAAUACAUCCCUGUGAAGAGCUAUUCCUCUUCAUUCGGUUCGUAACUGUUUCUUUCCCUGAAGGUCUUUCCAAGUGGAAGUUCAGAUUCUCAGCUUUGGGGCAUUCUUGUGACUUCAUUUCACACAUGAGUGCAUAAGGAUACUUUAAUGAAAGAAACGUAACUCUAAUGAAAAAUGGGAUGGGAAAGCGGGACUGAGGUGGUAACCCAGUAAUUUGCCCUAUAGACUCAUUCUCGCUGGGGGUGGGGGGAACACAGGAAUAAAAGUGGGUUUGCAGGAUAAUUUAUUGAAUUUCACAUAAACAACACAAACCUUCACUUUAUUCACUUAGUAAAAAAUGAACUGCUUGAGAGAUGGGGUCAGAUGGGGUCUUGAUUAAUGAAAACCCACAGAGUGCCAGGUCCUGAAGAUUCGGGACUGAGCAGGCAGGGUUGUCUGUGCCUUUGAGUAGCUUAUAGUCCACAAAGCACGGCAGCAGCAGCGCACCAGGGAAGUAGGACUUUCAGAAGGAGGGGUGUUUUGUCUGAAUCAUGGAGACUUUGCAGGGGAGUCCGUUUGAGUUCCUCAAGCUCCGUUUGAAAAGCAGGAGGAGAGAACGACGUCCAGGUACAGAUGUUAAGAAAAGUGCACGCUUGCUGUGAACUUCGGUAGACUUUAUUUUACAGGCCCAGCUUGGCUUUGGUCCUUUAGUUGUAGGAUACGUAGUUGCAUCCUUUAAGUAUAGGAAUAAAAUGGCUAGCGUCAGGCACUUUACCGAAAGGGGUUUUUACAAAUAACUGGAAUGGUUUUUAAAGGUAGCGUUAAAAAUAGUUCCUCUCAGUCCCGCCACCUACCUACCUUCCUUCCUUCCUUCCUUCCUUCCUUCCUUCCUUCCUUCCUUCCAUCCAUCCAUCCAUCUCUUUUUUACAUGAACUCUGUCCAUUCCUAACAUUUGUCUACCUCAGGGAAGUUUUAGAAUUAUUUAUGGGAGAAUGUGUGCCAAACACUUGGAGCUAUUAAAAUGAAGAAUUUCCUACCUUUCUAUUUCUAUGUCUCUUUUUUACCCCUUUGAAUAUUGGCCUCCCAGUUAAGACCAUUUGUUCAGUUUGUUCUAGUUCAUUCUAGGUUUGGAAGGAACCUUGCCAUAUUACAGUCUUUCAGAUCAUUCUUCACCUUUUCUCGCAUCAGCCUCCAUCUUUAUCUCCGUGUUUCACUGUAAAUUGUAUGGCAAGUGAGAAAUCUUGAGCUGACUGUCCUCAUUACCUAUUACGACUGGAGUCUGCUUUCCAGACCUCGAGGAACUUACACUUUUGUCAUAUCUUGAUGCAGUUAGGAAGGUCAAUCUACCAACAGGAAACCCUCUCCUGUGUUCCAAGGCCAUUGAUGUGUGUUUGUGCCACUGGUCAAGCUGUGUGAUCUAAGUGAGCUGCCUUAGUUUUCUCUUCAGUGAAGUGGGAACAUCAUUGCCUUUCCUCCUUCAGGAAGGCUGUGACGAUCAGAUAUGCAAUAGGUACAGAUAUGCCCUUUGAAAUCUGUAGCUCCAAGUACAUUAAAGUCAUCUUAUUAGCAAGGGUCCUACUAAAUGUGCUAUUUACCUGAUACCAGCUAUCAGUUUUGCCUUAAUUUUGCAUUUAUUGCUUUUUUUCAAAGCGUAUCCUCACAAAUUGUAUUCAGUUUAGCCAAAUCGACUUGGAUGAAAGGAAAUAAUUUGAGGUUUUGUUUGCAAGCCAGGACAAGAAGUGCAAAUGUCUCUUUGAAAGAAUAUAGGUUAGAUUUUGUCAUUUCAAAAAUGUUGUAUUUAACUUUGUUUUAUACCAGAUUUUUAUAAAACUUGCUGAAAGUAUUGUUUCCAUGUGUCCUGCUAAAAGUGUUUAUUUUAUUAGCAUACUUGUAAUCAUGGUAUCUCACUUUUUUCCUUUGGAUUAAUUGGUUAAAUUAAUUGAACGAGAAGUGUGUUGUAUUUUCUAUUAAAAAAUAAAAGUUUUGGAAAGAAUGCAA